AUGUCCGGCAUUGAGGUCGCUGGCAUUGUGCUCGGCAGCAUCCCUCUAUUAAUCUCGGCCAUAGAGCACUACCAUGAUGGUGUCUCAACUAUUCAGCGAUGGCGAAGAUUCCAGCGAGACCAUAAACUCCUGGCGGGCAGUCUGAAACGGGAGCAGGCAAAAAUGAAAAAUGUGUGCGAGGAGCUGCUCAGGGGACUGGUGCCAGACUACCAGAUUGACUCGAUGAUUAAGGACCCGUUCGGCGCGGAGUGGCAUAGUUACCAAGUAAAUGCGAAGUUGAGAGCGCGUCUCCAUGAUUCGCUUGAGGUAUUUCAAAGCACUGUAGCAGAAAUACAGACCGCAGUCACGGAGUUGAGCCGUCGCUUGGGCAUCACUCCACAAGAUCAGGAGCAAGAGACAAAAUCUUUGUUUAAAAGGGAACUCCAGCGGGCCAAGUUCGCAAUUAGUCGGAACACAUAUUCCAGUCUUGUCACUUCCAUUCGUGACGGCAUAUCGGGGCUUCAGGUCUUGACGAGCCAAAGCAUCACACUCGAGCCAGAGAGAAAAAAAGGAUCGCAAGUGCGGCUCUUAGCGCUCCUACGAGAUCUCUCCUCUGGACUCCAUCGCGCGAUUCGAGGUAGUCUCUCUUGCACUUGCUCACAUAUCCUGAACUUGGAACUCGCGGUGCCCCCAUCAGACAUUACUAUCUACUCAAAAAGCGAGACUGAAAAGAUACUCAGGCAGCUCCAUCUGCAUCUAGCUCUUUCAUCAUUCACAGCUGUGCCACAAGCAAUAAAGCAAACUUCGGAGGGAGAGGAAUGGCGUGGACUUCAAUUCUGUUACAUGCCGGUGGAAGACAAGGAGAAAGCAAAAGCACUGCAGUUCGCCCUCCUGCCUGCAGCUGGGCAAAGCGUUCCUGAACGACAGCGCUCCGUCUUCCAAUAUUCGCCGUCAUACGACGGGGCACACUCGUCUAUAAUGACGCUCACGCACGAAGCCACCGCCAAUCACGGCGUUCGACGAUACAUGGUCUACCCGGCGACCUGGAUCAGUCACACCACCAAUAGUCGCGCCGCAAUCUCUCUUCAGGAUGUUUGGGCUGGAGGCGAUGCCGUGCCGUUUAUGACUUAUUUCGCCAGGCUUAAGCUGGCCGUAACCAUUUCCAGCAGCGUUCUGCAGCUCUACGGCACGCCUUGGCUUUCACAGAGCUUCUGCUCCGCCAACAUCAUUUUUCUGCAACGAAGCGAUGACGAUUGCCUCUAUGAUAGAGUUUUCAUGUGGAAGAACGUUGAGGAAGAACCGCUCAGUCUGGGGGAGCCCACAUCGCCCCUCGCUGCACGGAGCAAUCCCGCGAUGCUCUCCCUGGGGCUUUUGCUCGUGGAAAUCUUCCUCGGUCGGCCGCUCGCGGAAGACAACUGUCCCGCGGGACAACGCCUGGCGCGCAAGUUCAGAGAAGCGCAGGAUCUACUGCCGCGAAUUCGGAUCGAAAGCGCCAACUACUUUAGUGCCGUGAGUCGCUGCCUAGAGGGGCGGCUACAUACGAGACAGUAUGACGAGAUGCAGUUGACGGAGGAGUCAUAUGCGGGCGUUGUGGCGUUGUUGAAAAAGGACAUGGACGCUGUCUCUAUUGCGGAUUGA